AUGGAUCGUCGGUGGAGAGCUCAUCGAAGUCCGAAGAACCAGCGCUUCUGUGAACUCGUAACAAAUGCGGCGUUACAGGAGCAAUUGGAGCGUUUCUGGAAUCAAAAAGAACCUCGCAAGAAACGACGACUGACGAAAGAUGAACGAGAAUGUGAACAGCAAUUCUCGGAGACUGUACGAAGAGACAAUACUGGAAGAUUUGUAGUAGCCUUGCCGAAAAAAGAAGAACUUCUCUUGGGUGAGCCAGAAAAGCAGGCGGUUCGACGUCUGUUCUCGCUCGAGAGACGUUUUAGGGUCAAUCCAGAAGUCAAAACGGAGUAUGUUAAGUUCAUGGAGGACUACCAGAAUAAAAAGCAUAUGUCACUCGUAUCGGACGGUGAAUUUGAAAUUGAAAUCGGACAUUUGAAACCAAACGGUUUAGUCGUUUUGCCACAUCAACCAGUCAUAAGGCCAGAUAGCAUUACGACAAAGCUUAGAGUCAUUUUCCAUGCUUCGGCGAAGACCUCUCUUGGCACAGCAUUAAACGACAAGUUAAUGGUCGGGCCGAACUUGCAGAAUGAUCUGUUUAACAUAAUUCUGAGGUUUAGAACACACCAGUUUGUUAUUACGGCAGAUAUAGCUGCAACGUUUCGGCGAAUCAUCAUCAGACAAGAAUCACCUUCAAAGAAUCCUAUGGAGAACAGACGAAACGCAACCAAUUCAAAUGUAUCAUCUUAA